ACCACAAACACCUACAUUUGAAGUAGGUUUUCUUUACUGGGGUUUUAGGGUUUAUCAUAAAGUUUCAAUCUUUUUUACUCAAAAAACUCGUAAUUAUUAUUACAAUGAAGUCAAUUCUAGAAUCACAGUUACAAGUGAUAAGGUCAAGUGUGAAUCCAGAUAUUGACCCACAAAAAAGGCCAUUCACUCGGCCUUCUAUUUUGUUUGAUGCUAAAGAAGCUGCUGAUAUUGAUAUUGACACUUUGUUUAAUAUUGCUCUUUCGGGGUUGGAGGUUCUUAUCAGCCACGAUGAAAGAUUCGCAAACUACAAGAAGGAUUUGUUCACGCAUAACAGUCGGGAACUUGACCGAGAAUUGUUGGGUAUUGACCAAAAUAACCAAAUCAAUGCUUCAAUCAGCUCUUAUCUGCGGUUGCUAUCUGGAUAUUUUCAGUUACCAUCAGCUUUGCGGACACUUGAAUAUCUAAUACGUAGAUACAAGAUCCAUAAGUACAACAUGGAGGAACUGAUUUUAUGCGCUUUACCUUAUCAUGAUACCCAUGUUUUUGUACGGAUUGUCCAACUUCUCGAGACAGGAAAUGGUAAAUGGAAGUUUCUUGAUGAUGUAAAAACAUCUGGUGCACCACCCCCCAGGAAGCAAAUUGUGCAGAAGUGUUCAAGCGAUGUUUUAGUGGCUUUGCGUGAUUAUGCCUCACCUUCCAAGAAGAUUCAACCAACAAGACCGGUGAUAAGUUUUUGUACAGCUGUCAUUAUAGAGCUUUAUGGCUCCAAAGAGGAAAUUAAAUCUGAAGAUGUAGAAAAAAUUCUUCCGUAUGUGCGUUCUUGUCUUCAGAGUCAUUCAAAAGGAAACAUAGAUCACAAGGCUGGGGCUUUGAUGAUUAUUGGGUUGCUAGCUAAUAGAUCAGAAUUGCAUCCUGAUGUUUGCAAAAGCUUAAUGCGCCCUGUUGCUGAAGUGGCACGUGAGGAUGCAAAACAUUCCACUGAUUUGCAGUUGAUUCGAGUGUCAUUCAUGGCAUUGGUCAACAUUGUCCAGAUAUGGCAGAGGAAAUCAGGGGAGAUGCUUCCUAAAAAAGUUUUGGAUGUCCUGAAGGAAAUUAGGGACCUUUCGGGGAUUCUUUGUGGCUUGACUAAGGAGUUCAAUAUUGAUAAGUUUUUGGCGCUUCUUUUGGAAUCUCUCAUGGAAUAUAGUCCAGAUGAUGAUAAUUGUCAUCAAAUGUUGCUUUCCAUGAUUAAAACCGUUCCAAUUAAUUCUCUAGUUGAACGUCUGGUCUCAAAACUUCUUUCUACCUCAAAGAAGCUAUAUAGGAAAGGAAAUGAAGCAUCAACAUCUGGACCAGCAGGAGGCAAGGCGAAAGAAAUUUUGGUCUCUAUUAAUGAUCAUUAUUCACGGGAAUUACGUGAUGCAGUUCAAUGUUCUCUACAGGACAUUGAAAUGAAGUCCAAGAGAGAUGGUUCAGCAUAUGACAUCCUCCGUAAGGUGCUAGAUGGUGGAUUAGACUCGUCAUCUGCAUUAUCUGAUUCAAGAAUUUGGUUUGGACUGGAACACCCAAAGGCUAGGGUUCGACGAGCUACGGUUGCGAGUUUGGAUGCUGAUUUGAAACUCGGAGACAAGUCUGUUAAUAUACAGAAGCUUCAAACUGUAUAUGAUGCCCUUCUGAGACGGCUUUAUGAUGAUGAUCUUAGCGUGGUUCAAGCAGUGUUAAGUAUGGACAGAUUGUCUGAGUUCAUAAAACAUUUAGAUUUUCUUGAUGGUCUUCAAAAGGUGUUAAAAAGAUGCAUCAGCAUUCUAAACUCAAAGGGAUCGGAUGAUACAACCAUAGCUGCUGAUGUGAUCAUGUCAUGUCUGGAGCAUGUAAUUUCAAGCUUUCAACACCAAGAAGAAUAUGCAAAGGAGCUGGCUGCACUGAUAUUUCCUUUAAUUUUAGUCAUGCCAAAGAGCCAGAGCAUAAAUUUGAAGGCUUUAAAUGCAGCCAAGAACCUGCAGUGGCCUCUUUACCAGAAAGUUACUACCAUCGCCAGUCCUGAACAGAAAAUGGCACAUAGAAGUACAGCUGCUCUUAAUAUGGAUAACAUCAGUGUCAUGGCAGAAAGCUUCCUGGCCAACUCUGAUGAAUAUGUGCACUGGUUUAUUGGAUACUGUCAUGAUUUGGAUCAGUCAAAGACACUAUUUCUCUUGAUUUUGUUGCAAUCACUAAUGAAGCCACUAAAAGAUUUUCGUCAGUUCUCUGCAUUGUAUGAAUCUUGUUUUCCCAUUCUUAUAAAAGAGUGGGAAAAGUUAGAGAGAGCUGGAUUUGGAGCUUCUACAGAAGAGUCAAAUAGAGGUAUGGUGGAUAGAGAUUGCACAGCCUUUCUUGAUCAAAUGUAUGGUAUGAAAGUUGAGGAGUUGAAUGCUGAGAUAAUAAUCUGUAUAUUCUGGAGAUUACUGGAUUCAUUCAUUGCAACAGCUCAUGAAGAUGUCUCCAAGGAUGAUUCAGAAGUUAUACUUCAGAAUCUUUUUUCUUUCUUUGCUUCUCACUCCAAGGUUGUUUACAAGAUGCAUCUUCAUUAUAUCGUUGCAAAACAGAAAAGUUCACCGGCUCGAUUUUUGUCCUCACUUUUCACAGACGAAGGUGUUGCUUUUUCUGUACAGAAAGAGAGUCUACAUUCGUUUGCAUUCCUCUGUUCUCAGUUAGAGGAAGGAUGCCGUUUAAAAAGUGAAAUAGAUGAGGGAUUACUUCUUCAGCUACCUGCUGAGUUUCCUUCACUUCUUGUGUCAUUGUCUAGUGAUGACCAGGAAAUUCGGUCUGCUGCAAUGAGCUGCAUUGAAGGGUUAUAUGCUUUAUGGCCACAUAUUAGUUCAUCUGGAGGCAAAAAUGGUAGAAGUGCUGUAUGGGUUCAUUUUCUUGGAGAACUUAUGGCAAUGAUGGUUCAGCAAAAGAAGCUAAUUUUAUCAGACAUGGACUUUCUUUUUGAAUUUUUUACGACAUUGCUAAGCUCUACACAUCAUAGUCUGUUGGUGCCAAAGAGUGUUGGAGACAGAUUUGAUCGGCUCACUAAAGACAGCAUCCUCAAAUUUAUCUUGGGCUCUGCCCUGUCUUUGUGUCCAUACGGAAUGCUGAAAGUCCUGUCUUUGCUCAAAGGUAUGGGAAAUGUUAUGCUAGUUAAAGAGGUUACCUCAUUGCUAAGUGACCUGUUAGAUAGGCGCGGUAAAUCCCAUCAAGCGUUGUCACAGAUAGAAGUUCAAAUCCUAUGUCUUCUACUAGAGUGCGGUACCAAGCUUCCCUCGACUGCUGGUGGGCAAGCUAUUGAAUUUUACAUGUUGAAGGCACUUAAGGUUGAUCGUUCAUUUCCCGAAGAUGUUUCCAUCAUACAGCCUUGUGUAACUGUUUUAAGAUGUCUUAGUAGUUCUUUGUAUGGAGGUUUGAAGCCUGAAACACAGGAACUUUUCUUUCAAGAACUUGUGUGUCUGUUUCGAAGUAAUAACGGUGACAUUCAGAAUGCUGCUAGAAUGGCUUUGUUGCAGCUUAAGGUUUCUAGCUCGACAAUACAGCGUAUGCUUGAUUUUGUUCUAGAAAAAGUAAUUCCAUUAGCUUCUACACCACAUGGAAAGAAGAAAAAACAAGCAACAACCCAUCUGAAAUCCGAACUACAUAAUGAUGUUGACCAUAAGCGCUGCAGCAAGCUCUCGUUUUUGAGCUCUCUACUUGAUAUUUUGCUGCUAAAGAUAGACAUACAGAACAGGGCAGCUCUUGUGGAGCCAUUGUUCAAGCAUCUUAAGAUAAUAUUUAUGGAUAAAGAGUGGAUAUCGGAAGCUGUCAAGCAGGAUGAGAAACAUGCAGAAGGUUAUUUGGAUGUUUCACAAACCACAUCUAUCACAAUAUGCCACGUACAACAAAACCUACUCUCAGUUCUGGAGGAUAUCACGCUUGAUAUAUUAGAGGCUAGGAUUAUUGAGAGUUUUGACAUAAAGCUAUUGGUAUGUUGCGCUCGGUCUACAGAUGAUGCAGCUACACGUAAUCAUGUGUUUUCACUGUUAUCGGCCGUUGCAAAGGUUGUACCAGACAUAAUUUUGGAUCACAUACUUGAUAUUCUUGCUGUCAUGUGUGAAUCAGCUGUAACACAGUUUGAUGGUCACUCAAAGAAAGUAUUUGAAGAUCUCAUAUCUACUAUGGUGCCACAUUGGCUAUCUAAAACUAAAAACCAAGAGGAGCUAUUGCAGAUUUUUCUGAAUAUAUUGCCUGAUAUUUCUCAACAUAGAAGACUUCCCAUCGUCGUGCACCUUUUGAGGACUCUAGGGGAGAGUGGCGGCUUAGCAUCAAUAUUUGUUCUCCUGUUCCGCUCAUUGGCAUCAAAAUAUGAACAUUUAUCUACUAGCUUGCCUACCAUGUGGGAGUACACUUUCGCUUUACAGAUUUCUGAGCAGUAUUCAUGUAUCGUAUGGCUUCCAUCCCUUUUGACGAUGCUUCAGAAGCUAGAAAUGGGUACGUGGGACCAACGACUCGCUGUACAACUUUUAGUUGCAAUGCAGUUUAUUAGUGAGAAAUUACAAGAUCCUGAAGUAGCAUUCAAGCUUAAAUCUCGGGAAGAUGUUGAUACAAUUCAGGCAACAACUUCUGCGCUAAUGGAGCAUGUUGCCACAUACUUGCAACUGGUUGGGUCAAGUAGAAAGGAGCAUGAUGUUCCAACUUCAGUAGGAAGAAAACUAAAGGAGCUCUUGCAUGAUGUUUUGGCAUCUGUCAGGAAAGGUCUCCUGCCGUCGAGUUUCUUUGACGUCAUCAUUAAAUUGUUGGGUAAUGCUGACUGCAAUUUGAGGAAGAAGGGUCUUGGGCUUUUAUGUGAUAUGGCAAAAGAGUGCAGCAUGUUAACGCAGAAGCAUAAUAAGAGGGUAUUAAAUCCAAGCAUAAGAAGCUCGUGGCUUCGUUUUGAUGAACUUACAUUGCAGAGCUUUGAAAGUAUGUGUCAUGAGAUCUUAAAAAUAGUUGAUGAUAGUAAUACUUCAAAACAUGGUUCUUUGAGACUAUCUGCUGUUUCCACACUAGAAGUUUUAGUCACGGUUUUUCCAACCUGUGACUCCAGCUUUAACAUAUGUCUAUCAACUGUUAUCAAGCAUAUACAUUCAGAAGACUUGGGUGUUUCGUCUGGAUGUUUCCGUACUGUUGGUGCAUUAAUUAAUGUGCUCGGGCCUCGGGCUUUACCUGAGCUUCCUAGUAUCAUGGAAAAUGUUUUUCAGAGGUGUCAUGCUGUUUCCUUGAGUGUAAAUUUAGAAAACCAAGACACUGGUGAUAUCAGUUUGAGUGGCUCAUCAAGUUCUAAAGAAUCUCUCUUUAUGUCUAUUCUUGUUACUAUGGAGGCGGUUAUAGAAAAGCUUGGUGGUUUCUUAAAUCCAUAUCUUGGUAAAGUUUUAGAACUAGUAAUUUUGCAUCCUCUGUAUGCGAACAACUCCAAUACGAAGCUGAAGUUGAAAGCUGAUGGUGUACGGAAUAUUAUAACAGAAAAAGUUCCUGUUCGUCUGGCACUUCCUCCUCUCUUGAGAAUAUACUCUGAAGCUAUUAAAUCUGGAGAUUCAGGCUUAUCAAUUACUUUUCAGAUGUUAGGGAACCUCAUUAGUAAAAUGGAUCGAUCAUCUAUAUCUACCUAUUACUUAAAUAUCUUUGACAUGUGCUUACUGGCUCUUGAUCUUCGUCGACAAAACCCUGCUUCAGUCAAGAAUAUUACUGCUGUUGAGAAAGAUGUUAUCAAUGCAAUGGUGGCUCUUACGAUGAAACUUACUGAGAACAUGUUCAAGCCUCUUUUCAUUAGGUGUGUUGAGUGGUCAGAAUUUGUGGAGCAUAGUGAAGAUUUAGCACAUGCGGAUAUCGACAGGGCAAUAUCUUUCUUCAGUUUAAUUCAUAAGCUUAUUGAUAGCCACAGAUCCUUGUUUGUUCCAUACUUCAAAUACAUCCUUAACGGGUUGGUGCGCCAUCUGACUGAUGAAGUUGAAAGACCUGGUCCCACUCGAAAGAAGGCUAGGCUUGUGGACCUGGAUAUAAUUAAGAGUCGUGAGUAUUCUAGUUUGUCUAUAGGAAAGUGGCAUGUGAGAGCGUUGGUUAUCUCUUCUCUGCAUAAAUGUUUCGUUCACGAUAAAGACAGAUUAGAGUUUCUCGACUCAUCAAACUUCCAAAUGCUGCUGAAACCUAUCAUCUCACAGCUUGGUGUUGAUCCACCAAGCUCCCUCGAACAACAUCCAGAUGUACCCAAUGUGAACGAGGUGGAUGAUAUGUUGAUUUCUUGUGUUGGACAAAUGGCCGUUACUUCUGCAAGUGAUCUGCUGUGGAAACCGCUCAAUCAUGAGGUUUUAAUGCAAACACGAAGUGAGAAGGUACGAACCCGAAUAUUAGGAUUAAAGAUAGUGAAGUACUUGGUAGAGAAUCUCAGAGAAGAGUACAUGGUGUUCUUACCUGAAACCAUACCCUUCCUUGGUGAAUUGUUGGAAGAUGUGGAACCAAAUGUUAAAUCACUUGCUCAAGAAAUUCUAAAGGAAAUGGAAACCACCAGUGGUGAAAGCCUACGGCAAUACUUGUAAGCUGUAACAUCCUUACUUUUUAACAACCCACAUAGCAUCAUGGGUUCGUUCAUAGCAUUCGUGAGAUGGACCAACCUUGUAGCUUCAAAUUUUGGCUCUUUGUAAUGUUAUUUUGAUCUGUUGUUUUUUGACAAAUUCGACGUUUGGUCCCUCUAUAUGUAGUUUGGUUUCUGAUCAA